UAUAGAUCGAAUUUUGGUAUAAAAGGUAGAUGUUGUAGAAUUUUCAGCUCAUUUAAAGUUUUUGUGCCGUUUUGUGUGCUAUUCGAGUGUUAUUAUGUUCCGUCUAUUGGUGCUCGCCGCCUGCCUGGCCAUCAGUGUCCAUGCCUACUCCGAUGGUGCUCCAAAGGCAGCCUGCAAGGAUCUGACUCCUCAGCACGGUGCCAAGCUGCAGACUGCCAAGCCGCCGUACAGCUUCUCCGGGCCGUCGCACGUGCGCAGUGACCAGAAACUGACCCUGACCCUGGGCGGCGAUGAGUUCCUCGGCUUCAUGAUCCAGGCCCGCGAUGGACAGAACCGUGUGGUGGGCAAGUUUGAGGUGGUGGACGCCGCCCACUCCCAGACUCUGGAUUGCUCCAGCUCGGAUGACACCCUGACCCAUCUGAAGGCCAAGAAGGAAAGCCCCAUCCAGGGUAUCACUUUCGAGUGGACUCCACCAGCCGGAUACAAAGGAAACGUCAAGUUCAUGGCCACCGUGGUUCAGACCGGAUUUGUUUACUGGGUGGGUCGCGUCACCAAGGACAUCGAUGUGGAGUAGGCGGCUUAUAUCUCAGAGUCUGUGAUAGAAUUUUUUGAUUUGUUUAAAAAAUCUUCAGUUCAAUGUUUACGGUUAUGUUCCAAGCAGCCUUGGAGCUUAGUAUUUUCUGAAAAAAAAAUAAAGUCUAAAGAAGUUUGUUGAGAAACCAAA